CUCUAGCCCUAGCUCUCUCUGGGUACCUCUAAAAAGAUACAGCUGCCAAGAAAGUGAAAGGGAGAGAAGCAGAAGAGAAAGCACUACUACAACAGGAAGCUUCGCAAAAAUGAAGACGGUCUCAGCUCUGUUGCUGCUGAGCAUGCUCCUGGGUACCCACACAGUGCCUUCCCCUCGGCUCUCUUGUUACAAGAGGGCCCUAAGAGACCACAACUGUCACAGCAUCCCUGAAGGUCUGGCUAAUCUGCGACAAAUCGAUCAGAGUCUGCAAGAUCACUUUUGGGAAGGGAGGGGCUGUGAGAUCAUCUGUUACUGCAACUUUACUGAAUUACUCUGCUGCCCAAAAGAUACUUUCUUUGGACCAAAGAUCUCUUUUGUGAUUCCCUGCAGCAGUCAGUGACCAACAUCAAGUCUACCAGCGAGGACUACAGGCACAGCACCUACAAUUACGUAACAGUGCUUUAAGAGAAGAAAAAAAAAAGAAACAACAAACCCUUCCUUUCUAACCACAUUAGAGUGCCUCUCCUUACACUGUAGGAAAAUUUCUAUAUCUUUUUGGAAUCUUAAAACCAUAAGGUUUUCCCUUCAAACUUGUUAGCUGCCUGAAUUUUCGUAACACUUUGAAACUUGAUAGAAGGCUAAUCAUUGUCCUAAUAUGCUUCUCCUAGCAAAAAAUCUCUCUCUUUUUAAAGGAGGACAACAUUCCCAAAGGAGUUGAUAUAGGAACUUCAAGCUUAACAUUAAACGUGGUUAAGAAGGUGACCCUUGUAGCAACCUACUGCAUAAGGUGGUUAAGAAUGUGACUCCUUGUAGCACUCUUCCACAGUACAGCUUCCUAUUGCUUUAUUGUUGUUACACGGUUAAUGUUGUUUUACCCUGAAGCUACUGGAUACCUGGCACUUGUGUAGAUAGGUUACCAUGUUCUAUUUAAGCAGCUUUAAGGAAGAGGGGAGAGGGGAAAAAAGCAAAUUUGCACCAUUUGUAUUUGAAAAUUCCACUGGAAAAAUUGUCAAAGCUCACAUUAGCAACUAAAGCAUACUCAGGUCAUAAUUAUGUCUAACUGGUCACCUGCAUAACAAUAAAAUGUGUAAAACAUUAGUCAAAUUGUUUAAAUUUAACAUUGCACUUCUAUCAGAAGAGCUGCUAGAGCAUGUACACUCAGAAAGGCAUCUAAAGAGGAUAGGACUGAUGCAAGGUCCAUUAAGGUAACAUUAAAAAUCCUCACUUAAGCAGCUUUUGGAUCAAGCCUUGUUUGAAAUAUAGUACCUCAGAAUUAAAUUAAACGUUGACUUUGUAUUUAGGGUAGCCUUGUAGGGAAGUAGGUAGCAAUGAGAAGACAAAGAGGUAACUAGAAAUAUUAAAGAAUCAUCUUAAAGUUUAAGAAUUAUCAUGGUCUAGCCUGCAGAUGUACAGUUCUCUCUCAACAUUUGCUAAUGCUGAUUACAAUACAAGAAAAAAAUAGCCAAUAGUUUAAUGUACGCAAGUUUAACAAAAGCUACUUGAACAAGCUAGACUUACAGGUAGCAAGGUACCUUAUUGCCUAAUAUACAAAAACUCUUUAGCUGUCAAGUCAGUCACAUGGAAAACAUGUAACACUGAUGUGACUAUCUUUAGUCUUUCUCCCUCAAAACAAAGUACCAUGCAUCUAAAUCUUAUAACCUUACCCCAUGAAAACUGCUACUACCAGUUUACCAGAGUUUUACUUCACAAAGAGUAUGAAACAUCACAAUGACUGUGUUCUUCAUCUUUUGGUAAAAGAGAGUUUGAUGGUAGUUUUCUUUUAUUAUCAUUAUACAUAACUAAUAAUAAAUGCUUCAAGUGAA